AUGGCGAGGACCGAACUGACGAGUCUUUGGGUACUUUUUACUCAAGCAAAUGUCGACGUGACAUUCCUGAUCAGACCCCACGGAGCCGAAAAUCUCAGUCGACCACAGCUACUCUACUCUCUCAAUGAUAAUCAACUGAAGAAGUUCUACAAAUACAAAUUUAUUACAAACCCACAGGAUUUGUUGACUGGAACGACCUACGAUUUCAUCAUGAUCACACUUGACGGUCACACCUUGAGGACCGAGACUGGAUUGGAAUUGGUAGACACUAUAGCAAAGGCGGCCAAAGGGACUACCACCAAGGUUAUACCACUCACUGGACUCAUUGGCGUGAGGUCGUGGUUAUUGAACCGUACAGGUCUCAGAGAGGACCAAGUGGCUGCGGCUGUCCCACUUAUUCAUGCCUACGCACCCAAGAAGGCCGCACUGCCAAUAAAUGACGGUGUUGAUCCAAAGCUACUACAACAAGCUGAUCAAGCAUACAUCGAUAAAGCCGGCCCUGGGUUGACGAUUGACAACAGUACUCCUGCACUGGCUGAGGAAUUUUCCCAACUAUGGAAUGCCAGCGGGAUUUCACAGUGUGCCAUUGCUCCCCCUGCACAGAUCGACGCCAUGGUGGCCCCUUUCUCUGUUAUUACAGCUCUUUCUGAUCUCUUGGACUGGCCGACCUACGAUGACAUCGAUAUUCAGGGAGACGUUUGGACCUUAGGAAUUCAGGCAAUCAAGGAGAUACUUGGGCUCAGUGUAUUUGGACAGGUUGGCAAACAGGCCAUUGCCACAACUACUGCUGCGAGUGUUAGAGAUCAGCUUUCGGGACUACAGAAGGCAAUGUAUCCACUCGACUGGUUGGCAUUCAAUAAAUACCACCACAGCGGCAAGGUCAACGCUCAAAAUCGGGACGUACUACGGAACUUCAUUUCUCAGGGCGAGGCAGAGAACAAAGAGAUGCACUCAACUAAGGAGUUGCUGAAAAAGGUGGAGGGACGCAAACGUUGA